AUGUUGUCUAGCAUUGAAAAACCGAACGAAGCGUCGGGUGUUGGCAUUGUGCAAAUUGGAGAUGAGGAAUGUCGCGAAACGCGUUCAGCUGCUUUGAAAAUCGAGAAUAAGCUGAGGCAACAUCACAUUGCCACCAUGCUUUGUGGGGGAAAUGGAUCGCUGAAGAAGGGGAUCAAGGAAGCGUCUGCGAGCAAUUUGCGAUUCGUUGUAUUGCUUGGAGAGAGUGAGAUGGAACUCUUCAAGCAGUCUAGAAUCGUGGUGAAGGAUCUAACGACUCGAGAACAGAAGGAUUAUAGUCUUGACGACUUUAUUCAUUUAGUUUCUUGGGAUGUUUGUGAGAAACACGAAUCUGAAGUAAUUUUGGAAAUCCAAUAG